CAAAACUUAUUUAUAUUACAAAUUUAUUUAAUAUAUACAAACGUUUUGCGUUACUUAUGUUAUUGACAUUUCGUGUACGAGGCAUGGAAUACAAUCCGAAAUUAUGUUACCCAUUGAAAACAUUCGUAGAUUUGACUACGUAGUUCAUGUUUAAAUUUUUUUGUUUAUAGGAUGCAUUGCUUUCAGAGAUCGCCUAAAAGCAGAUGACAAAACCGAGUGAAAACUAAGAACAAUUUUGUUGUUUGUUUUAUAGAUUUAAAAAAUGGCUUGUCGUAUGCUACAUAUUUGUAGAGUUGUAAAUAAUUUGAUAAAAAUGUUCAAUCUGUAAACAAUGGACCUGAAGAUGAAUUAUGAAAGGAUGUGACAAGUAUCAGUAAUGCAGGAAGACGCAGAGAUAGAGCAAGAAGAGUAGUGAAAAGAGAGAUCUAAAUAAGGAGCAAAUUAUUGGCAUGGAAAAAAUUCCGAUACAAUUUCCUGGUCUGAACACUUCUGUGUUUAGAGGAAAAGAAUUAAUUCAACAGCUAAAACUGCUUGUAAAUCUUGAAAGAAAGCAAAAACUAAUGGAAUUACCACAAAGUCAGACCAGGCCAAUGCAAAUAAAAUUAUCGCCAUUGGAAUGUGGUUGAAGGAGUGUUACAAUGGAUGGCAGAAGCAUUGAAUCAGAUCUUAUUGGAAAAGAUACAUUUGAACGUUUUGAAACCUGGAUUUUGGAAAACAAAAUGAUAACUUGUAUGACCAGUAAUUUAGCACAUAAGACUAGAAUCAAUUCAUUUAUAGUAACUGGGAAUGGAAAUGGAUUGGCUGGAUUUGCAUUAUCAAAAGUCAAAGCAUCCCUAAAGACGAUUAAAAAUAGGGCUGGUCAAAGAUUAAUGUAUAUUCCUACAUAUAAGGAACACACUGUGUUACAUGAUUUCUUUACACAGUUUGAGAAUAUAAAAAUAUUUGUAAAGAAAAUUCAUGAAGGAUAAUGGAUUUGUUUGUCAUCAUGCAAUGAUAAAAGCAUGUUGUAAGAUAAUUGGCAUAAAGGAUAUGUAUGCCAAAGUUCAAGGAGGAAUGUAAAAGCAUUCUUUAUUGGUUUAUUGCAAUAAGUGUGAAUAUAAAGUAUUUAAAGGCAUA